AUAUAUUCAUCGGUCUGGGUUCGGUCUGAAUUCUUAGUACUUCUUUAAUUUUCCUUUUCUUUUACCGAUGUCUGUUUCUUUCCGCGGCAAAUGCGUUGGCUGCCACCACUCUCUUGCCUGUCCUUUGGCACGAACCAUGAAUAUCUUUUUCCGGCCUUUCCCUCCCUUCAUCUCCCUCUCGCUCUCAUUUUCAACUCCUCCGCACCUCUUUGUCCUGUAUCAACUCAAAAUCUUGACCUCGUGGUUUUGGUUCGAUUCCUAAACCAACUCACCAUUAUUCUCUCCAUCCAUAGGUUCCCAAACCCAUAUCUUGCACUCUUCUUCCGCUCUCAUGCCCCCCUCCCAACCUGAACUCAUCUGAACGUCUUGCAUUCUAAAGGGUAAUCG